AUGGAGAAAGCUGGGUCUCCCCAGGUUCAGAACUUGGUCAUAGGUGUGGAGGGAUGGGGGCACGGUGGUGGAGCAGGUCAGGGAGGUAGGAGGGACCAGUUAUCCAGAGUACCUCCUCCACCAAUGCACACAUAUUUCCUCCUGUGGGGGCCUACUGAGCCUCCCUGCCUCGGGGCCCAUCAGCUGGUUAAGGCGGCCCUGGCCCUUUUAGUAGAAAAUGAAACAGCAAAUCCGAUGUGGCCAAAGACCCUGGCUGGAGUCCUGGCCUUCCAGCCCUGUUUCCCCGCCUCCCAUCCCCCCGGUCGUCGGGAGAAGAAGGCUUGGAGGCGAUGCGAUCGGGCUGGGCGUUGGGCUGAAGAUGACUACACUCAGUGUCCUUAUGCUAGUGAACUGACCCGAUUUCUGCACGGGCUGACCCAGGUUUUUAUUAACACCAGCAAUGCUCGGCCUUUGGGCCAGCAGUUAGCGGCCUUCACCAGCAGGGCGGCACACUUUACUGAUGUUAUGGAUGUCAUCUUUGUCACCCACCUGGUGGAGAGACUCACGAGGAUGGUGGGCAAGCAGAACGAUGUAAGAACAGAAACUUUCACAGCCGGCAACAUGAUUCUCACCUCACAACACCUUAAAGACCUCUCCAAAGAUAAUCUUAUCAGAUAUUCCUGCUUUGUGGUGUGACCACUCCAUGUGUAGUUUUUGUGGUGUGGCUGAAGGCCUCACCGUCGGGCCGAACCUGUUCUGUUUGUGAUUUUAUCAUCGUUAC